AUGACCACCCUCAAUCCCUCAACCCAACCAAAAUCGCAAUCCCCCAUCUGCAACCCCCGCCGACUCCUGAUCCUGUCCCCGACCUCACAUUCCGCCGCCACCAUCCCCUCCCUCCUACACGCCCUCACCGGCGCCGAAGCCCCCCCCCCCUCGUUCUUUGCAGGAUACACGACCCAUCCACCCUUCCAGAUCAAGAACCGCUAUUACACAGCCGAAGUACCCAUCUGGGUAGAUGAGAUCGCGAUUUCAGAGGAGCGAGCGAUAGAGAAACAAUCCACAGCACUAGAAUCAGAGAGUACCGAGACCAAGACCAACAAGACCCAGGAAGACAGCGACAGCGAUCAUCCAGUCGCUACGCCCUUGCAGUGGAAAUCAGAGUUCUCGGGUCCCGCGGCACAAGUCGUUCGUGAUGCUAUUGGUGCCGUUGUCAUUUGUAUCGUGAACCCGACCCGUUCGUCAGAUCCGGAUGCAGAUGUAGAUGCAGAUGAAAGACAGGAUGUGCGCGAUAUCAAAGAAUUUAUUCACGCGGUAGGCGACGUGCGCGCGUUAAUCGAGGAGGAGAGGGGCGGGAUCGGUGAUGUCCCCGGAUUGGUGGUUUUUGUUGGGAAAGGACAGAGUCAGAGUCCGAGCCCAGGUCCAAGUCAGAAUCAGAAUCAGAAUCAUGAUGCCGGGGUCGACGAUGCGGAUAUUGGUGUUGAAGGGGAGGAUGAGCCAUUCUCCGUUCUGUGGUGGGAAGAUCGCAUUUACGAGAUGGGUAUGGUAGGGAUGGAGGUGGUGAGUUGGUAUCCUAAGGGGGUGGAAAAUGACGAGAGGAAUCAAUUUGGAGAGUAUCAAGGAAUACGUCGGAUACGAGAAGUCCUUGAGACACAUGAUUGGGCUCCCCCUGCGUCGGAGGAUGUCGGCUCCGAAAAUGACGAGGUAGAUGACGAUAUCGAGAGAAUGCUACUGAAGACGGACGAAGAGAACGGCUUUGAUUUGGAAGUGAACGAGCUGGAAAGGGAGAUGGUGGGAUUGCGAUUUGCGUUCGGACGGGGAGUUCAUGAGGCCGAGGAUUCGGAGGAGGAAGGGGACCAAGAGUUGAGAGUCGAUGCGGUUGAGGCGCUGUUGUCACGGAUGGCUGCUAUAAGAGAUAUGAACGACGAGCUUCCUGAAGCCGAGCGGAAGAGAUUUGCAGCUAAAGCUGUUCGAGAUAUUAUGAAGGAAAUCUAG